CCCCGACUUCGGGACCGGGGGGCGGGGCGGGUGUCUGCAGCGUCCUCUGGAGGUCUCAGACCCCUUGCGCAGACUCUGCGCGUGCCCAGAGGGAGGGAUGGCAGGCUUCAGCCACUUCUCUCAGCCGCCCUACCGGGACCUCUGGGAACCCCCGCGGCCCGGCGGAGAGCGAGAGUCCACGCAGCGGCUGGGCGGGCAGAGGUCCGGAGCCGACUCCCCCGCGUGCUCCCGGGCCGAGACUCCGGGUGCGGAGAGCGAAGCUGGGGCGUGCUGGCUGCACCCGCACUGUUCGUUCACGCCGCGGCCUCGCAGGCGCGGGUGCUCAGACUCACCGCGGGGCAGCCGAAGCCUGAGCGAUGUGGUCCGCAGGCCUCUGGACCGCUCCAGGAAGCACGGGCUCCGCAGCAGGUGCCUGGAAGAUGCCUGGGGAGAGACAGGAACCAAGCCCCGCCCGGCUUGGCAGCCGCAGACCCAGCUGCCACCCCAGCGGCCGCAGCCCUGCCCGCAGCCCUGCCCGCAUUACCCACUGGCCCAGGGAGACUCGCCCCCGCCUUACUCCGGAGGAGCUGGCACACCCCUGAGUGGCACAUUCAGGGUAGAAAAGGCACAGGGUGGAGACCAGUGGGCAGUGCCGAUCGGCAGACAUCUAGGUCGCUGGUCCGCUUCCUCAGUUCCCUCGGAGCGGUCUUCUGUGCCCUCCCAAAAGUUCAGGAGGCACUCAGCCUGCGUGUGCGCCCAGAAGAGAGACAGCAGCGACCAGGUUGAGUCAUUAGCAAGCCGGGACUCCCAGCCCUCGGCCUCUAGCAAAGAGAUGCGGAGCCCCCACACCCAGGUCCUGAAGAGCAAGCUGGAAGAGGCAGUGGUGUCCUCCCAGGACCAGCAGAUUGUGGCCCUCGUGUUGACCCGUCUCAAGAAGGCCCAGAGGAUGCGGGAGCUGCAGCAACAGGCGGCUGAGGCCUGGGAGGAGUUGAAGCGCUCGGAUCAGAAGGUCCAGAUGACCUUGGAGCGGGAACGCCGGCUGCUGCUGCAGCAGAGCCAGGAGCAGUGGCAGGAGAAGGAGCAGCGCAAGACCCUCCAAAGCCCUGAGCAGCGCUGCCGGCGGCGGGACAGCCAGAGGAAGAACGUAACCCCGGGGGAAAGCCGGUGGAAGGAACAAACUGAGGACCAGGAGAGCCCACGCCAGGAGAAACUGGAGAAGGCGCGCGCCCAGGCAGAGCACCGAAAGCAGUGCCAGGUGCGGCGCCUGCGGGAGCAGGAGAAGAUGCAACGGAACCUCCAGGAGCAACACACCCUGCAGCUACAGAGGAGGCUGGUGGAGGCCUGUCGCAAGAGGCAUCUGCAUGCCGUGGAGGGACAGAAGAAGGUCCAGGACACCAACCUGAGCUCUCUCAUCAAUUACCAGGCCCGGAAGGUCCUCAUGGACUGCCAGGCCAAGGCUGAGGAGCUCCUUAGGCAGCUGUCCCUGGAACAAAGUUUCCAGCGGUCCCAAGAGAUACACCAGGGCCUGAUGAAGGAGCGGCACCGCGAGCUGAGGGAGAAGGCCCAGAAGGAGGAAGAGCAGUUGCAGCAAGCCAGGUGGCGUGCAGGGGAGUCAGAGGAGCAGAGGAAGAUGCGCAAAAGGAUUCUGGUGGAGCUGGCAGAUGAGAAGAUCCGACAGGCCAGGAAUCACGUGCACAAGACCACGAGGGACAAGGUGCAGCACCUCCGGGAGCUCAACCACCUGAGGGAGAAAAACCACCACAUCCUGAAACUGAAAGCCGAGAAGGAGGAAAAGUGCCACAUUGAGGGCAUCAAGGAGGCCAUUAAGAAAAAGGAGCAGAGGGUGCGGCACAUUACCCAAGGGAAAGACCCAAACUUCCAGGAGUUCCAGAAGCUCCCUCAGGCCUCCAGGAGAGAGGAGAGAGCGCCUCCCAACAGCUCCCUUGAUCAGAUAGUACUAGAGGCCCAGCUCCAUGCCUGUCAGCAGAACAGGGAUUACUGAGAACCAAGGACGCCUGGCUUACAGCGCCAGCCAGAAGGAGAUGUGGCAAUGUGAUUCCUUUUGUAAUCUGAUUAUAAUUGAACAUUGAUUUUAAAAAAGCAUAUAAAAUAGCUGCAAUUUCC